AUGAUGGGAAACAAGGAGCGACGAGGCGUGAAUUGCAAAGGCUUGCUGAAGAGGAACUGGCUCCUGAUUGCCACGAUUGUAGCGGUGCUGCUCGGGAUCAGUUUGGGCGUCGUGGUCAGAGAGUAUGCAUCCCUCACCCACCUUCACAAGCAGUAUUUCGGCUUCCCAGGAGAGAUCCUCAUGAGAAUGCUGAAGCUUGUCAUCCUCCCGCUCAUCAUUUCAAGCAUGAUAACAGGUGUUGCAGCCCUGGACUCUGAGGUAUCAGGAAGAAUAGGUCUGCGAGCUGUUAUUUAUUACUUCUCAACAACCAUCAUUGCAGUUAUUCUUGGGAUUAUUCUGGUGAUGACUAUCAAACCGGGAGUCUCUCAGACAGCUGAGCACAUUGACAGAGCGGGGACGACGCCCAACGUGACAACAGUUGACACACUCUUGGACCUCAUCAGAAACAUGUUCCCCGAAAAUCUGGUGCAGGCUUGUUUUCAGCAGUACAAGACCAAGCGCAAAGAACUGGAGCCUCCGAAGGUUUCCGCCAACGCCACCACAAUCCCACCUCUCGCCACCACUUUGAUGUCGGUGGUAGAGAACAUAACCAAGGAAUAUAAAAUCAUCGGGACGUAUUCGGAUGGAAUCAACGUAUUGGGGCUCAUCGUGUUCUGCGUUGCGUUUGGCCUCGUCAUUGGGAAGAUGGGCGAAAAGGGACGUAUCCUCUUGGAAUUCUUUGAUGCGCUGAACGAAGCAACCAUGAAACUGGUUCAGAUCAUUAUGUGCUACAUGCCAAUAGGGAUCCUGUUCCUAAUUGCAGCUAAGAUCAUCGAGGUUGAAGACUGGGAGAUCUUCAAGAAGAUGGGUCUUUAUAUGGUGACGGUGCUGAGUGGUCUAGCUAUCCACGCCACCGUCUGCCUGCCACUGAUCUUCUUUGUCAUUGUGAGGAAGAACCCGUAUACAUUCACAUUGGGAAUGGCUCAGGCCCUGGUGACAGCACUCAUGAUCUCCUCCAGCUCUGCCACCCUGCCCGUCACCUUCCGAUGUGCCGAGGAGAACAAUCGUAUUGACAAGCGGAUCACCCGAUUUGUCCUCCCAGUGGGUGCCACCAUUAACAUGGAUGGGACAGCGCUGUAUGAGGCGGUGGCUGCCAUCUUCAUUGCCCAGCUGAAUGACUACGCUCUGGAUGUGGGCCAGAUUGUUACUAUCAGUAUAACAGCAACAGUUGCCAGUAUUGGAGCAGCAGGAGUCCCUAAUGCUGGGCUUGUCACCAUGGUGAUAGUCUUAACAGCUGUUGGAUUACCUGCAAGUGAUGUCACUCUGAUAGUCGCUGUGGAUUGGCUGCUGGACCGGUUCCGUACCAUGAUCAACGUUCUUGGCGACGCGUACGGAGCCGGUAUCGUCCAGAAACUAUCCAAGAGGGAACUGGAGAGGAUGGAUCUGACAUCUGACGCAGACGUCGCUAACCCCUUCGCUCUGGAAGCCACUUUGGAUGACGAAGAGUGCGAGAAGAAAUCCUAUGUCAACGGAGGUUUCACUGUCGACAAGACAGAUGCGAUCUCCUUUACUGAAACCUCUCAGUUUUAG